AUAAUCUACUUGGUAACCUCAUGAUGGAUAAAUUACCAGUGGAAUUGGUUAACAAGAUCAUGGAUGAAUUAUCUACUUGUGAUCUAUGUCAAUUAGUACGUACUAAUAGUCAAUGGUACCGACCAUGUAUUUCUCGAAUAUAUGAAUCACCAAUCUUAGACGACGUUAAAAGACAUGAUCUAUUUUUCAAGACAACCAAACCUCAUACCCAACGUUAUAUACGGCAUCUUGAAUUAACGCCUUCCUUAAUCACUAAUGAACAACUGAAUCAAUUGACAGAUUGCACGGGAUUAAUCACAUUACACCUCUCUUAUUGUUCUCAUAUUGUACCCAAUGUUCUGAAUAAGGUGCUCAAAGUAUGUUUGUAUAUGAUUCAAGCAGUAUAUCUAAGGGAUGGGCAACUUUCUACUGAGACAUUACAACUAUUAAGACAAGCUUGUCAUCUCCGGAUAUUGGAUUUAAGUAACACAAUGAUUCGACCUUGUGAUCGUAUUGAUACCCCUCAUCAUUUGGAUACCAUGAUCACCAGCACUAAUAAUAACAAUAAUAAUCAAAUGGACAUCAAUACUUUACACGAAUUGGAUUUAUCGUUUUGUAAUUGGGUGGACGAUACUACUCUGAUGAAUAUUGUUCAUGGAUUACCUCAUUUACGAUAUAUCAAACUAAGAUGGUGUCAAGAAAUUUCAGAUAAAGCUAUCAUGAAGAUGAUUCAAGGUUUGAAGCAAAUCUCAAGCAUUGAUGUUUGUCAUAUCCCUUGCAUGAAUGACCCUGCUCGUGUUCAUCAACUGCUGAAGUUGAAUCCAUUUUUGGAAACAGUCUGUUUCACUCAUCAUCAUUAUAGAAAACCUACUUUUCUGAUCCGAUCCUCACUUUAA